AUGUUUUCGUGGAUUUUUAGCACUUUAGUGCUCCUUUUUUGGAUAUUCAACAACGGAGAUGCAACUGAAAUAAAUAUUUCUAAAAUAAUUAAAUUCGAAGAAGGUGAGAAAAGCCCCCUCAAUGAUGAAUCGCUGAUAGAGUGCGUCGUUGAUCUUACCCAAAUAACAAUUAUCUUUUCACCGACCAUACUGAUUCUUGAAUCAGAUACUGAUGACAAUGAUGAUAUAUUUAUUAAUAAAGUUGUCGAGAAUUUUGCCAAAAGAGACAUUCCUAUUGCAAUACAGGAUAAAGACAAUCACGAUGUGAAUCAAACACUUGACGUUUACGACGGUAACGUUAUUGUUAUUGUAAAUUUCGAAAACAGUGAAGCGCUUUUUGACUUCGAAAUAGAUCAUACAGACAAAAGAGUUAAAUACCUUAUAAUAAUUUCUGGAAUAACUGAAGAUCUGAAAUUACAAGCUUUUGUACAACGUAAUAUUGAUCGUGAUAUAACUUUUAUCGUACCAGAUCCGGAAGAUGAAAAACAUUAUGUUAUUACUUUUCCACCGACGAUAAAUGAAACAACGUGUCAACCUGUGGAGAAAUUAGAACGAAACCUAAUAAACAUCUGUCGCGAAGGCGCCUUAGAAACGGAUGUUAUUUUCCCUGAAUUGAUUAAAGCGAAUUUAAAAAAUUGUUCGCUCAGAGUGGGCAUGGCUACAAUGUUUCCGUUUACGAAGAUUCCAAAUGAGCAUAAAUUGAAAAAUUACGACUUGAUACCCGAAAUUGAGGGCUCUGAUGUAGAAAUUAUUAAAAUAAUCGCUAACUACUUUAACGCGUCGGUAAUUUGGCAUUAUUUACGCAGAGACCCGCAGAAUCCGUACACUAAUACGGAGUUUACAGAAUUUAUUUUGAAUGGGAGCGUGGACGUGUCCGCUGGUGGACUGUACAGGAUAUAUGGCGAUCGUGUCUCGUACUCAGGAAUCUAUACAAUGCAAGCUGUGAUUUGGAUCUAUGCCGCCCAUAGACCUGGCCGUUCGUGGGUCAAUUUGGUACGCAAAUUGAACGAGAUAUACUUCUUUGAUAUCUUUUAUUUAUUGUACUCAAUUACAUCUUAUUGUUUUCGCAAAUACGACAAUGAGAAAUGCUCUUUUAGAGACAUCGUAUUGUACAGCUGGGGUGCACUCGUGGGUGCAUCGUCUUUGCUAGAACCUAAGUCUUUGAAACAUAAGAUGUUAGAUGUAUUCUAUUUGAUGCUAUGUAUUUUUGUGUCAUCCUACAUGAACAUUCAAUUGGUUAGUUUCUUAACAAUUGAUGGGCCUUCGGUCUCUUAUAAAACAAAUGAAGACGUUAUGAACUCCGGUCGUAUUCCUUAUUUGCAUCCGAAAAACAAGUAUUUUAUACAGGAGAGUAGAUAUUUGGCCUAUGCUAACACGUCGAAGGAUUGCGGUGAUUUCUUUGAUUGCUGCGACAAGGUACUUAAAAGCGACGGUGUGACCGCAAUAUUAGAUGAAUAUUUUUACCCCGUGCAAGCGUCUACAGCCGUUAAGGAUGAAGCUAAGAUACUAAGAGCUACGCACAGAAUAAUUACUCUAUAUCAAGAAAUGUUGGUCAAGAAAGACAGUUUUAUUGUGACGGGAUUCCAAAAAGUAUUGCAGAGAUUAUUUGAAGCUGGUAUUUGCGAACAUCUUUUUAGGCAAUCUAUUGGCAUAAGCGUGGUGACGAAGGCUAACAGUGCAAAUCAGGUAGCGCUCAGUAACAGCUAUAGCUGUGUAUCGGGCUGCGCUAUUACUCUUUCGCAAGUUGGGGGAGUGUUUUAUUUUUGGGUCUUGGGGUGCGUUGUGUCUGCGAGUGUCUUUUUGUUAGAAAUAACGUGGAAAAGGCAAACACGUUCGGUCUGA